AUGGACGGCGGAGGCGGCGGUGGCGGAGGAGGCGGCGGAGUUGGGGCAGGUGUCAUGGUGGGCGGCGGAGUCGGGCCGGGCGGCGGCGUUGGCGGGGGCGGCGACGUGGAGCUCGUCAGCAAGACGCUGCAGUUCGAGCACAAGCUGUUCUACUUCGAUCUGAAGGAGAACCCGCGGGGGAGGUACCUCAAGAUCUCCGAGAAGACCUCGGCCACGCGCUCCACCAUCAUCGUCCCCGUCGACGGCGUCGCCUGGUUCCUCGACCUCUUCGACUACUACAUCCGCACCGACGAGCGCGACGCCUUCAGCAAGGAGCUGCGGCUCCAGACCAAGGUGUUCUAUUUCGAUAUCGGGGAGAACAAGAGGGGCCGAUUCCUCAAGGUUUCCGAGGCCUCUGUCAACAGGAAUCGGAGUACCAUAAUUGUUCCAGCUUGCAGCUCUGGUGAAGAGGGCUGGGAAGCAUUCAGGAAUGUACUGUUGGAAAUAAAUAACGAGGCUUCCAGAUUGUAUGUCCUACCAAAUCAUCCAAAUCAGCAACACAUGGAGCCGCCAGAGCGUCUUCCUGGCCUUUCCGAUGAUGUGGGUGCCGGAUUUAUAGCUGGACAUGGUAGCCAGUCCGCUUCUGGGCCAGAGGUAGAUGUCGAUCGCCUGGUUGAUCUGCCUCCUCAAGAAGAAAUUAGUGGCAUGGGUAUGUCUAAGGUGAUUAGGGCAGAUCAGAAGAGAUUCUUCUUUGACCUGGGCAGCAACAACAGGGGCCAUUAUUUGAGGAUUUCUGAGGUGGCUGGAGCUGAUCGUUCGUCUAUAAUCUUGCCGCUCUCGGGUUUGAAGCAGUUCCAUGAAAUGGUCGGUCACUUUGUAGAUAUAAUGAAGGACAGGCUUGAAGGAAUGACAGGAGCUAACGUGCGCACUGUCGAACCCAGCCAGAGAUGA